AUGAAGCUAGAAUGGGAUGGGAAGAACAUUUCACUCCCCUAUAACCCUCCAUUGGAGGCGCCUAGGGAUGACCAGGUGGAAAGAGCCCCAGGCCUCAGGCUACCAGAGCAGCUAAUGGAUCCUGGAUCAACGGCCCAGGCUCCUCAGCUUUCACAUCAGCUGGUGUAUCGAAGGAGUGUAGUGCGAACGAAACCCAGGAUCAACUCCCAGCUGGUUGCUCAGCAGGUGGCUCAGCAGUACCCCAUGCCUCCCCCGCCCAAGAAGGAGCGGAGGGAGAGGAGCGAGCGCUCGGACAAGGAGCGUCCAGAGGGCGAAGGAGAGCGCGCCUUCGGAGAGGUUCGUCCAGAGGUGGAGCGUCCAGAGGUGGAGCGUCCAGAGGUGGAGCGUCCAGAGGUAGAGCGUCCAGAGGUGGAGCGUCCGGAGAUCAGGAGGCCAGAGGGAGACGCUCCGGAGAAGGAAAAGAGCGACACCGAACAACAGCCAAUCAAAGACAAACCCGACAGAGAGAGGGGAAUCAUCGCCGCCGUCACGAAGAAGCCCAGCAGCAAAAAGACCAG